CAUCGGAAAAGUGAUAAAUGGCACACAAAAUGGCGAAAUACGCCAGAAAAAAACAUGGAACAGAGUAACUGAGUGCGCUGGUGACCUCGAGUCAAGAUGUAAUGAUUUAAGUGAUAUUGAAGAAUUUUUUUUUUCCAUUGGUCAUCUUUCACCCCCGUCUCCUUUAUUCGACAGAGAAGCAGAAUUAACGCAAAUCAGGAUGGUGAACACAACAGACGAAGGCGCAGAGGGGAUGAAAAGAACUCCUUUAAUGAGGAGGCAUACGAUCGAGGUCCAGCCUCCACACGACCACAAGCUCGAGGACCUAGGCCUAUGCGUUUCCAGGGCCUUCUCCGACGAUGCCUGGGCCGGUGGGAACGACUCAGAUUCUGCAGCCGACGGAGGGCAACGGCCUUCUACGACGUCCUUCAGUGGUAAGAUCUCAAGUCCUGAAGGUGGAACCAAGGAGGGGAUCAAGGAAUUUGGACCACGAAUUGCUUGGUGUAACGAACCUGAUGGGGACUUACAAGUCGAGGGCUUACAGGCUUCGAUUAAACCUCCGAAGCAGAAGAGUCUAAGGCGCCCAAAGAGUUGCGUAACUCCCGUGCCUUCAGCAGCCGUUGUCAGUGACGUGCCAACAGUAAUAACAGACCUCCCUGAGAAAUCUGAGGCGUGGACCAAAUCACCGGAGAAGGAAAUUUCAAGGACUUCAUCGCCUUCAGGGAAGGAGCUUCCGUCAGGGGAGCUGCCAGCAGCAGAAGAGCCUCUGGCAGAACAACCUCUACCUGAGCCAGCAACAGAAGCGCCGAAGAAAAGCGCACCAUUUAGUAGCAACGAAAUAUUAGACCGAAUUGCCGCCAAAGUCUGUCGAUCCCAGUCUUCCCCGGAUAUCUAUGGACAAAACCAGAAGAGGAAAAUUAAAUCGGCCAGCUUGGACGAGGAGAAAAGUGACGUCAUCACAUCAUUUGAGCCGUACGAUGGCCUGCUGAUUCACAGGGCCACUUUCUUCUCUCCACUGCCUAGAAGAGAUACGUCGUCAUCCUUAGGCCAUGAGGAUGAAGAUGAAGUGAAGGAGACGGACAAAACCUCCAAACUUCUUGGGUAUAGGCCUAAAAACGGCUAUUAUUUCAUGCCAUUUAGUAAACUCUUCACAAAGCCCAAAAGCGCUAGGUCUAGGCAUUCGUCGAAAUCAUCUUCUCAAGGCGACCCUGAACUGGGCGUAGCGAAUUCUUUGCAGCAGUUUAACGAAGCGGAAAAGGACAUCAUCAAAAAGACGAGAAGCGCCCUCAAGCAAAGAAUCUCUUCCGCAAACAAGAAGAGACUCAACAGCGCCAACAAGAAGAAGAUUCAAUUGAAUAUCGUCGUCAACGCGAAGACGGAGACCGAUGAAAGCCUUCCUUGCUCCGACAACGACGAAACGACCAGCGUCCAAAGGCCGAGUUCGACGUCGAUCGCGGACCUGGGCAAGAAGAAGAAAGCCAAGAAGGCGAAGCACAGGGAGCGCAGCGUCCCGGCGGAGUUGCUCAGGUCGAAGCUCGGCGCAACCAGGGAAAAGAAAACCUUCAAAGUGAAAGCGGAGAAGAAAAAGCAGAGCAAGACGGUGAAAAGACCCAAAAACAAGAAGGAAAUCCCGACGAUGAUGUCAGAGAUCUCACCCGUGGGAAGCGACGUCGAGAACGACAACGACUUCGAAAGAUACGAGAACCUUCAUGAGUUCUCGGGUGCGCUGCGCAAUUCCAAAAACAGACCCUACUACAGCUGCGACUAUUACGGCGAGGAGGAUCGCGGCUUCGCGCCGGCCAGGGGCGGCUUCCUUCAGACGAUCAUCAGUGAGGCGAACGUUUACAAGCCGGUCAGCAGGACGUGGAAAGGAAACAAGAUGCAUCUGGAAGUGAGGAUUCGGACUCACCAGUCGGACUCCUCCUCGGGCGAGGAGGGCAAUGAGGAGGGGGAGGAGGAAGGGGACGGCGAGGAACAGGGGAGAAUGGAAGAGGAGAAAAGGAGGUGGGCAAGAAGGGGUCGACUCUCGAAGCAGAACAAGAUCGAAAGUCCUUCAUCGGCAGGGUCUCCCGCUGAGGGGAAGACAAUGGGAGGGUUGCUGCUCCCUGGCCCCCGUCGGCGUCAAACGGCGAAUAGGUUGUCCUCCAGCACGCUCUCUCCGGCAGCCCUUAGAGCCAAGGAGAGGGAGAAGCUUCGCCAGAUACUCGAGGUUUGCACCGCCAAGGUCGAAGAGUCGAAGACGUUAAUGCGUAAACUUGGGUCGAACGGAGUGUGGGUCUCGCUCGAUACUCUACAGAGGGGACUGAUGACGCCUACAGAGUACCGCGUUUACCAAGACUAUCUGAAGUCCCUGGAGCCCGCCAGGGCCCAGCGCAAGGAGGGAACUUCUCCUCCCCCUUCAGCGCCUACUCAGCAUAGGACUAGGAGUAUCCUUUCUCCUUUCAGGAGAUGAGGACGGCGGGAUAUGACGUCCUCAGGUAAUGGGGGUUUCUAUCGUAGGGCAACUGAGCAGCAACAACUGUUCCAUCUUUACUAUUUUCAUCUUCAGGGAUUUUGAAAGACAAUACACAAGUGUUAAUAUUUGAAUUUUAAGUUUCUUGUACUCGGAUGACUUACAUCAGUGAAACUUGUCAAGGACUAUUCUCAGUCUGAUGGCCAACGUCGGUUUGAAUCCACGAAGUUAAGACAAUUACUUAAUCUAUGUCCUUUUAGGAUGUCAAGGUUUUCAGCAUAAAUCGCAUCCAGAAAUAUUAGGAAAUACUACAAAAUGACUUAACAAACAGAUUUAAGUUAGUGAAAAUGAGGCGUGAUCCGACCUCUAGCUUACUCAGGACGCGUGCAAGAUUUUCCCCUUACGCACAAGUUGUGAACAUAUUUCUAACUUGACUUGAAUUAAAACAUGCUAAAAUCUAUGGUUAAAUAUAGCCUUGUUUCACCAAGGAAAAUUAAAAUAAAUACGCUAUAUUUCCUUGGAAAUCAUUUUUCUGUACUGUUUAACAUUCACAUUUUUUAUUUUUUACAUUUUCACUCUGAUAAAUAAAUCAUAAAUAUCCUUUCCUAAGAUUCCUGUCUCUUUAACUCGACGCAAAACACCUUUUUCAGACCUUUUACGACUUUCCCAUAGACCUUUCCUAACCUUCCGACAAGAUCAAUAACAACAAAAACAACGAAGUAAUUUGUGGGCUUACUGCCCGAGUAAGCAAAAAUAUCUUGUGAUUUGUGGCGUGAACUGGAUCAUUUCAGUCAGUUUCAAUGUCUUUUGUAUUUAAUGUAAUAAGUGGUAGAUAAGCUAACCUCAAGAAUUGUACUUCAUGAGACAUAUCAUUAGAUUUUAUACGUUUAUACGAAACGUACUUU